UGUCUAGUUUUCUGCUCUGUGGAAGUGGAGUGGGUUACUCAGAUUGAGAGAAAUAUAUCAUUAAAUGCACUCUAGACCCUCAUAUUUGUUCUUACAGUACAUACAUAUUUUGAUUUAUCCAACAUAUUUCUCGUAUAUAUUAAAUACAUUUGUAGAAUCGCUGCACAUUACUUUGUCCCUUUCUUUGAUAGGACAUUUGCUGACAUCUGCAAUUCUUUCAAGAUGGACUUCUCAAUCAGUGAAUCCUCUCCCCAGAUAACCCCUCCUUUCCCCACUCACUACCCUGUCUCUCACUGCCUUCUCUCCUCUUACAGGUGCUGAAAUCUCUCAACUUCUACUACUCUUCCAACUUUUAGUUUGAAUUUUUUGCUAUGCAUGAGACAAUAACAAAUAAGGUUAACUGAGUGAUUAAUUGAUUAAAUAUGUUAUGAAGGUUUGGAAACAUUUCAAAAACCAAAUACCCUGAUGUUAUUUUUGUAGGAUAAUUUUAGUGCAACGCUACCAAAAAAAAAAAAAAGAUUAGAAUUAGCUUUUAAUUUGAAGUUUCCCGCCCUAGUGGUUACAGGAAGUAUUUAUAUAUUGUGGUAACCUGCGACUGACGGCAACAUUCGUACUUGACAGGCUGUUUAAUCUUCAAUUCCUCUCCGUGUAAACCUGAGUUUUAUUAUCUGUUUUCGCUGGUAGGUGACACACUAGCAUGUUAUCUGCUACUUACGUCUAUACACACACCUUUAUUGAUGUCUGAAACUAAGAAUGCCUCUGGAGAUUUCUCAUUGACCGAUAGUUUGCUAGAAAACGAAUUGCUGUUCUGUCAUAUCACUACUUGCACUGACCUGGUUUUCUCUGUUUUUAACAUGUUAACUGCUGCAGUGUACUUAGCUGGUUAGCAGUCCAGCAGAGCGGUCGGAUAAUAGUGGCAUUGUCUGUUCUGCAGCCUGACAGCGUGUUACAUAUGGUUAUGCUACGGGUAAAAAUAAAACGUAUGUCACUGCACCAGAAAUGCAGUUGCCUGGUGUAUUGUGAAUUUUAUGAAUCUGUGACUUUUGCUUUUCAAUAGCAAUGGUGUUAAUGUGUGUCUUGCGUUCAUUCACUUGAAUGUUCAUUUCUAGAAGUGAGCAACUUGCACUGGAUAGCUUCUAUGUUUACGUGACACGUAACGUGUUUCGCUGGUGGACUCUUGUAUAAUAUACCUUCGCGUUAUAUUAAAACAUUUUUAGCAUACCUGUGUGUUAAUAGUAAAAUGGCGUUUCAGACUCCUUCUCUUUUUAAAACUAGAACAUGCAUAAUUUGUUAUAUCGUUUAUUAGAGAACAAGACUCUUCUGAUCUGGAAUUCUGUAUUUAAUGUACUUUAUUUUCGCUUAAAUUUCAAGUAAGCCUACUAUUUUACGGCAGGGUGCCCUGCAUUAGGAGUUCCAAAGCUGGGUCCAGGGAUGUUUCAAUAAUAAUUUCAUAAUAGCAUCAUUUUAGGUUUUGUAAAAAGAAUAAUAAAAUAAAAAAAACUUUUUUUAUACAAAGUCUUGUUUUUAAAAUAAAUUAAUGUAUAGCUGUCUUACGUAGAUCUGUGGUAUAUUGGUUAUUUACAGGUGCUUAUGGUCUGCUUCUUGAAGUAUUUGUCGUAUUGCUGGACAUGGGCUCCCAGAAUGCAAUGUUUUAGGAGUCCGGGGGUGAAGUCAGCAUCUCAGUCUAUGGGUCUGGUGGGUUUCAGGCUUGGGGGAGCUGUGUUUAAUCAGGACAGGCAUUGGAGGGUGCGCAUUAGAACUGCCUCUGCCCUUGAACCAGUAAUGGGGAUAGGCUUAGAUAGAGCCUGCCCUCAUGCACUGAUCAUAAGACAAUGGAGGCCUGUAAUUCAAACACUCAUUUUCAGAAGCUUCAGCAUUUGUUCGGCUUCACCGCUCAUCACAGACAGUCUGCUUGCUUCUGCGCCCUCGUCUCUGACCCCACUUCCUGUUUCCUGUUCUCCUGGACCGCGCGCGUCAGGACAGAUGGACGUGCUCCUCAGACGCGCGGGCGCGGCGGCCCUGCAGCUAGCCAGGAGGCAGCGGAGAAUUACCCACAAUGCCUGGGUCUGGCGUCACAAGCUGCCCGCAGCCACCCUGGCGGCGGGGCGAAGUAAGAGUGGCUGGCCGGUGGCGUUCUCUCCGGACGAGCUGAGGAGGCGCCUCUCGCCCGUCCAGUACCACGUCACCCAGGAGAGGGGCACUGAGAGGGCCUUCACAGGCGAGUUCACAGACCAUAAAGAGGACGGGACCUACACCUGCGUGGUCUGUAACACGCCUCUGUUCCCGUCUGAUAAGAAAUUUGACUCUGGUUCAGGAUGGCCAUCGUUCUGCGAUGUGGCCAGUGAAGAGUCCGUAACUCUGACGGAGGACUUCUCCUACGCGAUGCACCGAGUUGAGACCAGCUGUAGUAAGUGCGGUUCCCACCUGGGGCACCUGUUUGAGGACGGCCCCCCUCCCACGGGACAGCGCUACUGCAUCAAUUCGGCCUCCCUGACCUUCCAGCCCAAGGAGCCGGCCCCGCCCGGGGCUUCUGGGACAGGCACUGGGACGUCCUAACGGGGGGGGCGCAGCUAUGGCCGUUCCCAGGGGUACAGAGUGACUUCCCCUAAAUCCACACACCCAAACCCUCACAGUGCAUUUACCUAGUCAAUGUGCCUCAGGGCCUUGCAUGCAGCCUCUUUCACACAGAGAAGACGGCAGGUUGACCUCCAUUCAUACUGUGCUGAGUUAUUCAGCAUGUUAACAGCCUGGAAACUACUGCAGGAACUUUGGAAAGGUUAGCGUUUGCUAAAAAAGUACAUUAAAAAACUUUUGUUCUGGACGAAAGUCUUAUGGACAGAUGAGGUGAAUAUUAACCAGUACCAAAGUGAUGGAAGUGCGGAGAAAGAAAGGAACUGCUUAUGAUCCAAAGCACCCCCCCUUGUCUGUGAAACAUGGUGGAGGUGGUGUUAUGGCUUGGGCAUGUAUGGCUGCCACUGGAACCUGCUCACUUGUCUUCAUUGUGCCAUCCUAUCUGCUCCGAGCCAGCCUAAAGCCUGUCUAUUUGUGAUGAAGUGUGUGGAGCGACAGAAACACAGCAGCUUUUCAGUUGCUUGAAUAUGUGAAAACAUUAUUAGGAGAGACUAUAAAUAGUGCAGUUCAGCCCUUCGUUUCAUUUGUUUAGUUGUGCUUUGGAAAACAUCUUUCGAGUUCUAAGUUUUUUGGUUCUCAAGAGUUCCCACUGUGAACUCCAGUUUAGCUCGAUCUGCAUUCUGCUUCAGUGCCCCAAACACACGGAACAUCUUAGAGAAUACUCUAAAGAUGGACUCAUCUCUGUCAUUAAAACAGAACUUGAUUUUUAGUUUAAAUGCAUUUGUUUGUACUUAUUUUAUGUGGCGUUGUUCUGCUGUAACUCGGCGGUGUUGUAAAUGAGGGUCUCUCCCUCAAUGCAUCUCCGAUAUUUAAAUAAAGGCCGAAUGAAAUAAAAAAUUUUGUCUUCCAAUGGUC